GUAACCUCAUCUCACUUUUGGUGUGUGGAUUCGACGGUAGAGAUAAGCCCUCACCGUUUCAUCCGAUGGCUGAAACUACAACCGCGUUUUUCGAAGCAAACCCAUGAAUCCGUCAUCCUCAAAAUAAAUCCCUCCCCCCCAAGCCCCCGCCCCCUCCCCUUGUUUUACUUUCUCUAAACCCCCAGAUUCGGAAACCCUCUCUCCUCUUCUCUCUGCAACUCCCUAACUCUCUUUCAGAUUCGUUGAAUCCUUAAGUUUCAAGAGCAAGGCUUUGUGUGUUUGGAGGGAGAGAGAGAUGCAAUCCAACGGCUCGGAUUCCUCCCUGCAGCAGCAACAGGAGCAAAGUACUCAGCCACGUCAGCAGCCGCAGCCUCAGUCGCAGCCGCAGCCGCCGCAGCAGCAGUGGAUGGCGAUGCAGUACCCAACGGCCGCGAUGGUAAUGCAGCACCAAAUGAUGCCACCGCAGCAUUACGCGCCUCCGCCGCAACACUACAUGGCGUACCACCAGUACCAGCAGCACCCGCAGCAGCACGUGCAGCAGCAGCAGAUGGGAUCUGGCGGCGGCGAGAACAAGACCAUCUGGGUCGGCGAUUUGCACCACUGGAUGGACGAGAAUUACCUCCACAGCUGCUUCGCUUCCGCCGGCGAGAUUGCCUCCAUCAAGGUUAUCCGCAAUAAGCAGACUCUUUUAUCAGAGGGCUAUGGAUUUGUAGAAUUCUUUUCACAUGCUACAGCUGAGAAAGUCCUACAGAACUAUGCUGCAAUUUUAAUGCCUAACACGGAACAGCCCUUCCGUCUGAACUGGGCAACAUUUAGUACGGGUGACAAGCGUUCAGAUAAUGCUCCUGAUCUUUCCAUUUUUGUAGGAGACUUAGCUGCAGAUGUUACAGAUAGUUUAUUGCACGAAACUUUUUCUAGUAAAUAUCCAUCUGUUAAAGCCGCAAAAGUUGUCUUUGAUGCCAAUACUGGCCGUUCAAAGGGCUACGGUUUUGUGAGGUUUGGCGACGAGAAUGAAAGGUCACAGGCUAUGACUGAAAUGAAUGGUGUUUAUUGUUCUAGCAGGCCUAUGCGUAUUGGUGCUGCAACUCCUAGGAAAUCAUCUGGAUAUCAGCAGCAAGGGGGGUAUGCUCUGAAUGGUACACCAGCCCAAGGGUUCCAAUCUGAUGGAGAUGCUACAAACACAACAAUAUUUGUUGGAGGGCUUGAUCCCAAUGUUACUGAUGAAGAUCUCAGGCAGCCUUUCUCUCAGUAUGGCGAGAUCGUCUCUGUUAAAAUACCAGUUGGAAAAGGAUGUGGGUUUGUACAAUUUGCCAAUAGAAAUAAUGCUGAGGAGGCAUUGCCGAAACUGAAUGGCUCAGUAAUUGGCAAGCAAACAGUCCGACUUUCAUGGGGUCGCAAUCCAGCAAAUAAGCAGUUUAGAACUGAUUUCGGCAACCAGUGGGCAGGAGCGGCAUACUAUGGAGGACCUGUUUACGAUGGUUAUGGUUAUGCUCUGCCACCACAACAUGACCCAAGCAUGUAUGCUGCAGCUGCUGCAUAUGGCGCUUACCCUGUUUACGGUACCCACCAACAACAAGUAAGCUGAGAAGAGAAAGCUGCCCCUAUGUGUUGGUGGCUACCAAGAAUUGAGUGAACUGAGCGAGGUGCAAGGAGUAGUAGUUUUAGACUUUUAGUAGAGACAUGAUGACUCUAGAGUUUCUAGUUCUGUAAUUGGCUUGGUGCUCUAGAAUUCUUAUAAAAUCCCUCCAAUUGUGGAGCGGAACUGAAUUUUGACAACUUGAGGUAGUUUUGUAAGGGAUUUGGUUGAUCAUUUGGUUAGAAUCACGUGAUUUUAACACAAAACUUAAUUCUUGGGUCAAUGCUUGCACUUCUCAUA